GAAAAUCGCGUGAGUGAGGGAGAAAGUGAGACGACUUUGACUAUGUUUGAAGCGAGAAACAAGGCGCGGAGACACGAAGACGAUGAUGAUGAUGAAGAACACAGCACAAAAACCAAACGACGAAAUUGAUAUUUAUUUUUUUAUUUCGUUAAUCGAUCAAUGAAAUAGUUUUCUUCAGCGUAAAUCGAUCUCUAAAUCUCGAUUUUCUGCGUUCUCCUUUCAAAAUCUGUUUCAGUAUUCUUCUCAGAUUAUCAAGGAGGAAGGAGAAAUGAACUUGUUGUUGGUGGUGUGAAUCUCGCUAAUCGCAAUUUUGGAUCUUAGAUUUUGUUCUUGCUACCAAACCCUAAUCUCACACAUUGCACCAGCAUACAUAGUUUUGAUGUCUGGGUUGUUGUUCGUCUUUAUUGAUUCCGUUUCCUUAAUCAAAAGAAACGGGUUGAUUUCUGAGCCCCGAUUCGGAUCCGGGUCGUGUCCGACCGAUUCAGGAGUGGUUAUCGGAUGAAUGAAUCUGGAAUCGAAACUGUGGAACAAUGAAAUGGGGAACAUUGCUUAAGGACUUGAAGGAUAAGGUCGGAGUAGCUGAAACAACCGCCGAUUUAAUCGCCGGAGAAGCCAUCAGUGACCCCACUACUCCACCGUCCUCUUCCCAAGCUUCUCCAUCCUCUAGUUUCGCCGCCUUAGCUCAACAUGACUUCAAUUUAUUAUCUCCUACAAGCCGAGACAAACUUAAGUUGGAAUUGGACUUCAAGAGAUAUUGGGAAGAGUUCCGUUCAUCAAGCUCCGAACAGGAGAAAGAAGCCGCCUUGAAUCUGAGUGUGAAUACGUUUUGUAGACUAGUGAAGCAGCAUGCUAACGUAGAUCAGUUAGUUACCAUGUUAGUAGAACCACAUAUAUUCUCAUUCGUCAUUGGUAGAGCAUUUGUGGCAGAUGUUGAAAAGUUAAAGGUUAGUAGCAGGAAGAGGUCAUUGGAUGUAGAGAAAGCAAUAGAGUUUUUUUCUGAAGUCACCAAGGAUGGUUCAAGUCAUGGUGCAAACCUUUUAACUGCUAUUGAAGUCCUUGCAUCUGGGCCUUUCGACAAACAAUCUCUACUGGAUUCUGGGAUAUUAUGUUGUUUAAUACACACUUUCAAUGCGUUUCUGACAUACAGUGUAGCCAGUGAAGGUGAAAAAACUGUUAAUUAUGAAGAAAAGGUUGAGGGCAGUGUUGUCAAUAUCAUGAAAGCAUUGGCAAGCCAUCCUUCUGCUGCACAGAGUUUGAUUGAAGAUGACUCCCUUCAGCUACUUUUCAAGAUGGUUGCCAAUGGUUCUCUCAUGGCUUUCUCUCGAUUUAAAGUAGGGCUGGUUUCAUUCCAUAACAUACAGCUUCACAAAAAUGCAAUGCAGAUUCUUGGGCUUCUUCUUGUCAAUGACAAUGGUAGCACGGCAAGCUACAUACGCAAACACCAUCUGAUAAAGGUUCUCCUAAUGGCUGUCAAAGAUUUUGAUCCGGAUUGUGGGGACUCAGCUUAUACAGUGGGCAUUGUGGAUUUGUUACUUGAAUGUGUGGAACUAUCGUACAGACCUGAAACUGGUGGAGUCAGGCUCAAAGAUGACAUACGAAAUGCACAUGGUUACCACUUCCUUGUACAGUUUGCGCUGAUUCUAUCUUCCAUGCCAAAAGACAUUGUUUUUGCGUUCGAUCAUUCAUCCCCACACAAAAAUAGAGGUUCCAAUGACUCUAAAAAACAGCCACCCCUUUCACUGAAAACUAGGCAAAAUGACGACUCUGAAAAACAGCAAUCCCUUUCAUUGAAUAGUAGGCAAAAUGAUGAGUUUGCUUUAAAACAUUUCUCCCCUGCACUUUCCAGAUUGCUUGAUGUUCUUGUCACCUUGGCUCAGACUGGUCCCAUUGAGUCAUCUGGAACAAGUACCUCACUAUUGUCCCAAACAAAGCUCACUGGGUAUAGCAGGAGACAAACACCAUCUGCCAACAAUCGGUAUGAUGAGCCAUGUGAACAGGGAAGUGGUAAAGUUAAAGACCUUGAAGCUGUCCAAAUGUUGCAAGACAUCUUUCUGAAAGCAGAGAACAAGGAUCUUCAGGCUGAAGUGUUAAACCGAAUGUUCAAGAUAUUCACGAGCCAUUUGGAAAACUACAGAAUAUGCCAAGAAUUAAAGACUGUUCCACUUCUCGUGCUGAACAUGGGUGGUUUUCCUUCCUCCCUGCAAGAGUUAAUCCUCAAAAUUCUUGAAUAUGCUGUCACAGUUGUAAAUUGUGUUCCAGAGCAAGAACUAUUGUCACUUUGUUUCUUGUUGCAACAGCCUAUCGAUUCUGAGUUGAAGCAUACCAUACUUUCUUUCUUUGUAAAGCUCACAUCUUUUGAUCAACAGUACAAGAAAGUCCUAGGUGAAGUUGGUGUUUUGGAAGUCUUACAAGAUGAUCUGAAGCAGCACAAGCUUCUCAGGGGUCCAGAUCAGUAUAGUGGAGUUUCUAAUCAUUUGGAUCGGGUACCUAGCUCACCUAGCUUCAAACAACACCUGGAUAGUCAGGAUGCCAUCAUUUCAUCACCGAAGCUGAUGGAAUCUGGGUCAGGAAAGUUGCCUAUAUUUGAAGUUGAAAGGACUAUAACUGUUGGUUGGGAUUGUAUGAUCUCUUUACUAAAGAAUUCUCAAGUUAAUCAAGAAGCUUUUCGUUCUGCCAAUGGCGUGACCGUUAUUCUUCCAUUCCUGAUCGCUGAUGAACAUCGUACCAGUAUUUUGAGGAUUUUUUCAUGUUUAAUCACAGGAGACAUUAAACAGGUCCAUCAUGAAGAGUUAGAAGCUCUUAUCGAUGUGUUGAAGAGUGGAAUGGUCACCAGAGUCUCUGGGGAUCAAUACAAGCUUCACUAUGAAGUCAGAUGUGAUAUCAUGGGUGCUCUGUGGCGUAUCGUUGGGGUUAAUGGCUCUGCUCAAAGAGUCUUUGGUGAAGCCACUGGUUUCUCUCUUCUAUUGACCACCCUUCAUACGUUCCAAGGGGAAGAAGAGUGUAGGGAUGAGUCUCAUUUGAUGGUUUACAUCAAAUUGUUCAAACAUCUAUUGCGCCUCAUAACAACUGCUGUCUGUGAGAAUGCUAUCAAUAGGAUGAAACUGCACAGUGUCAUUACAUCUCAGACGUUUUAUGAUCUUCUGGUGGAGUCUGGUUUGCUGUGUGUUGAUCUUGAAAGACAUGUGAUACAACUGUUGUUAGAACUUGCACUUGAAGUUUUGGUUCCACCGUUUUUGACAUCAGAAUCUAUGGCCUCAGCUGAGAUGGCAGAAUGUGAAAAAGCAAGCUUUCUUGUAAAAACCGCAUCUGGCCAAUUUAAUCCUGACAAGCAGAAGAUCUAUAAUGCAGGUGCUGUCAGAGUACUGAUCCGUUCACUGUUGCUUUGUACUCCAAAAUUGCAGUUGGAAUUUCUGAAUCUUCUAGAAAGGCUUGCACGUGCCAGCCCAUUCAACAAGGAAACCCUCACGUCAGCUGGUUGCGUAGAACUCCUGCUAGAGAUUAUCUACCCCUUUCUGCAGGGUUCGUCUCCAUUUCUUUCUCAUGCUUUAAAAAUUGUUGAAGUUCUUGGAGCGUACAGAUUGUCUCCAUCCGAGCUCAAAAUGCUGUGUAGAUAUGUCAUGCAGAUGAGGGUUAUGAAUUCGGGUCCCUCACUAAUUGGUAUGAUGGAAAAGCUAAUUCUCAUGGAAGAAGACACAGGAUUGGAAUGUGUUUCCCUGGCUCCUUUUGUAGAAAUGGACAUGAGCAAAACUGGGCAUGCUUCUGUUCAGGUGUCCCUGGGUGAAAGAUCUUGGCCUCCUGCUGCUGGUUAUUCAUUUGUUUGCUGGGUCCAGUUUCGUAACUUUUUGACAACCCAAGAAUUAGAAUCAGAAGUUUAUAAAGCUGGUGGUUCGUCAAAGACGCCCAUUUUGAGUGGGCAGCAAAGCGAACAAAAUAUUUUCCGGAUAUUUUCUGUUAAUGCUAUAAGUAAUGGAAGUCCAUCCUAUGCAGAACUUUAUUUUCAAGAAGAUGGUAUUCUGACCCUUGCCACUAGCAAUUCAAAUUCUUUGUCAUUUUCUGGAUUAGAAACUGAGGAGGGCAAGUGGCAUCACCUCGCUGUUGUCCAUAGUAAGCCGAAUGCUCUUGCUGGACUCUUUCAGGCUAGCGUUGCUUAUGUUUACAUUGAUGGAAAACUAAGGCACAUGGGUAAACUGGGGUAUUCUCCUUCACCUGUUGGAAAAUCUUUGCAAGUAAUAAUUGGAACUUCAGCCACUUGUGCUAGGGUUAGCGAUUUGACAUGGAAAAUACGCUCAUGUUAUCUUUUUGAGGAGGGGCUCACGUCAGGCUGCAUUGGUUUCAUGUACAUUCUUGGUAGAGGGUAUACAGGUCUUUUUCAGGAUGCAUAUCUCUUACGUUUCGUACCUAAUCAGGCUUGUGGUGGGGACAGCAUGGCUAUCCUUGACUUGUUAGACACUGACAUGUCGUCUGGUAUCCAAAAAUUUGAAGACAGUAAUAGACAAGGCGAUUCCAAGGCACAUUGUAGUGGGAUUGUAUGGGAUCUCGAUAGGUUAGGGAAUCUUUCAAUUCAGUUACCUGGUAAGAAACUUAUUUUUGCAUUUGAUGGAACAUGCUCAGAGUUCAUGCGCGCUACCGGAAGUUUUUCACUCGUCAAUCUUGUUGACCCAUUGUCCGCUGCUGCCUCUCUUAUUGGGGGAAUACCGCGUUUCGGGCGCCUGGUGGGAAAUGUGAGUCUCUGCAGACAAAAUGUGAUUGGCAAUAGUAUCCGCCCAGUGGGAGGAAUGGCUGUUGUACUUGCACUGGUUGAGGCUGCCGAAUCUAGAGAUAUGCUACAUAUGGCUCUUUCAUUGCUUGCCUGUGCGCUUCAUCAGAAUUCCCAGAAUGUGAAGGAUAUGGAAACAUACACAGGCUAUCACUUACUAGCUCUGUUUUUACGUCCCAAGAUGGCGCUAUUUGACAUGCAAUGUUUGGAGAUAUUUUUCCAAAUAUCUGCAUGUGAAGCUUUCUUUUCAGAGCCAAAGAAGUUGGAGAGUGGGCAAACUACUAUUAGCAUGUCACCUACGGAGAUUAUACCUGAAAACAACUAUGAGGAUCCUACUCUGUGUAAAUUUCAAUAUGAAACUUCUUCAGUUGGAUCUCAUGGGGAUAUGGAUGAUUUUUCGGGGCGAAAAGAUUCUUUUAGUCAUUUAUCUGAGCUUGAAAUGGGAGAUAAUCCUGUUGAAACUUCAAACUGCAUUGUCUUAUCCAAUGCAGAUAUGGUGGAACAUGUCCUCCUGGACUGGACUCUCUGGGUGACAGCCCCUGUUUCCAUCCAAAUCGCCUCACUUGGUUUUCUAGAGAAUCUCAUCUCAAUACUCUGGUACAGGAGUCACAAUCUUGCAAUUCUGCGUCAAAUCAAUCUGGUGAAACAUUUGUUAGUAACACUUCAACGAGGGGAUGUGGAAGUUCUUGUCCUAGAAAAAUUAGUUAUUCUUCUUAGAUGCAUCUUAGAAAACGGGUUCCUUACUCCUGAGCUUGAAGAUGUGGUUAGGUUUGCGAUUAUGACAUUUAAUCCACCUGAAAUAAAGUCACAAAACUCAUCAAUGCGCGAGUCAAUGGGGAAGCAUGUAAUUGUGAGAAAUUUGGUAUUGGAAAUGCUUAUUGAUCUCCAGGUAACCAUAAAAGCAGAAGAACUGCUGGAGCAGUGGCAUAAGACAGUUUCAUCAAAAUUAAUAACGUACUUCCUUGAUGGAGCUGUGCAUCCUAGUAGUAUGAGAUGGAUUAUGACCCUUCUCGGUGUUUGUCUCACUUCUUCCCCAAAUUUUUCUCUUAAAUUUUUUGCCAGUGGAGGUUAUCAGGGGCUGGUACGGGUACUUCAAAGCUUUUAUGAUUCUCCAGACAUAUAUUACAUUUUGUUCUGCUUGAUUUUCGGAAAACCUGUUUAUCCAAGACUACCAGAGGUCCGAAUGUUAGACUUUCAUGCACUAAUGCCCGAUGAUGGAAGCCAUGUAGAGUUGAAUUUUGUAGAUCUGUUGGAUUCAGUGGUUGCCAUGGCUAAAUCUACUUUUGACAGAUUGAUCAUGCAAUCAAUGCUUGCCCACCAGUCUGGAAACCUUUCACAGGUGAGCGCUAGAUGUGUAGCUGAGCUUGUUGAGGGCUAUGCAGAUAUGACUGGAGAGCUUCAAGGGAAAGCUUUAAUGCAUAAAACAUAUGCGGCACGGUUGAUGGGUGGUGAAGCAUCAGCUCCUGCCACUGCUACAUCUGUUAUCCGUUUCAUGGUUGAUCUAGCAAAGAUGUGCCCUCAAUUUUCAGCUGCUUGCAAAAACACAGAAUUUCUCCAAAAGUGUGCUGAUCUUUACUUUUCUUGUGUCAGGGCUUUUCAUGCUGUUAAGCUGGCCAAACAGCUCUCAAUGAAAGCAGAAGAGCAGAAUAUAACUGGUGGUGAUGAUAGCAGCGUAGAAGGGAAUUUUUGUAGAGUGUCUCACCAGGACAUGUCCACAAAAACCUCCAUAAGUGCUGGAAGCUUCCCUCAAGAUCAGACUAGCAGUGUGAUUUCUGUAGACAUGUAUAUACCUUCGGAUUAUGUGGCUGUUGAUAAGGUGGAGAACUUUCUUACAACACCGCCAGGGGAAUCAAACAAAUCAUUUCAAGGUCGCGAAUAUAUUGCGAAACAAGAUGGUGAUCAUGUUGGCUCUGUGUCAGCCUCCAGUGAAAUGAAAUCUCUAGAUCUUACAGGUAGUUCGAGUCAAGUUCAACCAAUAGAUUCUCGGAGUUCUGAAUCUUUCUCGAUGUUAGAAUCUCCCCUUUUAUCUGAAAAAUCAAGUCUUGAAGUUCCAUUCAUUCCAUCCCCAUCCAAAAGUUCUACAAUUUCCACUCCUCAUCCGUCGCAUAUCUCAGUUAGUGAAUUUGAUGCAUCUUCAGAUCAAUCAUCAGGUUCACAAGGUUCAUCUGCUGUCCAUACAUUAUUUACAAUUAGCCCAAAAGUUCUCCUCGAAACUGAUGAGUCUGGGUAUGGUGGUGGGCCGUGUUCUGCUGGAGCAAGUGCAGUGCUAGAUUUUAUGGCAGAGGUCUGUGCUGACAUAAUGACUGAGCAGAUUAAAGCAGUACAGGCUUUGGAAAGCAUUUUAGAAAUGCUUCCUUUAUAUGUGGAUCCUGAAUGUGUUGUAGUAUUUCAAGGCUUAUGCCUUAGCAGAGUCAUGAACUAUCUUGAAAGGCGUUUCUUGCGUGAUGACGAAGAGGAUGACAAAAAGCUAGACAAAAGAAAAUGGUCUGCAAACUUGGAUGCUUUUUGCUGGAUGAUUGUGGAUCGUGUCUAUAUGGGCGCUUUUCCUCAACCAACUGGAGUCCUUAGAACCCUUGAGUUCUUGUUAUCAAUCCUGCAAUUGGCUAACAAAGAUGGUAGGGUUGAAGAAGUCACUUCUUCAGGUAAGGGUUUGUUAUCCAUUGGAAGAGCAACCAGGCAACUAGAUGCUUAUGUGCACUCAAUCCUGAAGAACACAAAUAGAACAAUACUAUAUUGUUUCCUACCAUCGUUCUUGAUAACUAUUGGAGAGGAGGACCUACCGUCACGUCUGGGCUUGCUUGUUGAAUCUACCAAGAAGCAAACUUCAAAGUUAAGCGGCAAGGAAUCUGGAAUUGAUGUCUCAGCAGUUCUUCAAUUGUUGGUUGCAAACAAGAAUAUCAUAUUAUGCCCUAGCAAUCUUGAUACAGAUUUGAAUUGCUGUCUGUGUGUGAAUUUAAUCUCUCUACUUCAUGACCAGAGAAAGAAUGUGCAAAACAUGGCAUCUAAUAUUAUCAAAUAUUUGCUGGUUCACCGAAAAUCUGCUUUGGAGGAUUUGCUCGUCAAAAAACCACACCGAGGACAAAAAUUUGAUGUACUACACGGGGGUUUUGAUAGAUUGCUGACUGGAAAUCUUCCAGAAUUCUCUAAGUGGCUUGAGAGCUCCGAGCAAAUUAUAACUAAAGUACUGGAGCAGGGUGCUGCAGUUAUGUGGAUACAGUACAUAGCUGGCUCGGCAAAAUUUCCUGAUGUUAGAAUGAAAGGCAUGGAUGGUCGUCGCACUAGAGAGAUGGGGAGAAAAUUGCGAGAUACGUCUAAGUUAGACCUGAAACACUGGGAGCAGGUAAAUGAGCGAAGAUAUGCACUUGAAGUAGUACGUGAUGCAAUGUCUGCUGAGCUUAGAGUUGUCCGGCAAAAUAAAUAUGGUUUGAUACUUCAUGCCGAGAGUGUGUGGCCAACUCACCUCCAACAGCUUGUACAUGAGCGUGGUAUAUUCCCAAUGCGUAUUUCCCAUGGAGUUGAAGAUCUUAAAUGGCAACUCUGUCCUAUUGAAGGUCCAUAUAGAAUGCGUAAAAAGCUUGAACGAUGUAAACUGAAGAUUGAUAGCCUCCAUAAUUUACUAGAAGGGAAGUUGGAACUUGGAGAAAUUGAGCUACUCAAAUCCAAAAGUGAAGAUGGUCUUGUUAUUUCUGAUAUGGAUUCUGAGCCAGCUUUCCUGCUAAGUGAACUUUACAGCGAGUCCUUUUCCGAAGAGGCUGAUGAUCUUAAGGAUGUUCCAUCUGCUAGAAAUGGAUGGAAUAAUGAUAGAGCAACUAGUACAAAUGCGGCGAGUCUUCAUAAUUCUCUUUCUUUUGGUGGCAAGUCUAGUAGUACAGCAGUAUCUGUUCCAAUAAGCGUUAACACAGAUGAAAAAUCUGAGACUGGAUCUCCAAUAAAGUCAUCUUCUGGUAAAAUGGACGAAAUCAAACAUGUGGAGGAAGAAUCAGAGAAGGAAUUGAAAGAUGAUGGUGAGUAUCUGAUCAGACCUUAUCUGGAACAUCUUGAAAAGAUUAGGUUCCGAUAUAACUGUGAGAGAGUUGUUGGUUUGGACAAACAUGAUGGGAUCUUCUUAAUAGGGGAACUUUGCCUAUAUGUGAUAGAGAACUUUUACAUUGAUGAUCAUGGGUGUAUCUGUGAGAAGGAAUGUGAAGACGAGCUAUCCAUUAUUGAUCAGGCACAAGGUUUGAAAAAACAAUUUCAUGGAAGCCUGGAAUCCAAGUCCAAGUCUAGCACAUUGUGGAGUACAACAAUAAAAAUCGGUGCUGUAGGGGGAAGAGCAUGGGCAUAUGGUGGUGGAGCUUGGGGAAAGGAAAAAGUGCGUGUGACUGGUAACUUGCCACAUCCUUGGCAUAUGUGGAAGCUGGAUAGUGUUCAUGAGAUUCUAAAACGUGAUUACGAGCUGCGUCGAGUUGCUGUUGAGAUAUUUAGCAUGGAUGGAUGUAAUGAUCUCCUUGUGUUCCACAAGAAAGAAAGGGAAGAAGUCUUCAGGAAUCUCCUUGCCAUGAAUCUUCCAAGGAACAGCAUGCUCGAUACAACCAUAUCAGGAUCAGCGAAACAGGAAAGCAAAGAGGGUAGCCGUCUUUUCAAAUUGAUGGCAAAGUCAUUCACGAAAAGAUGGCAAAAUGGGGAGAUCAGCAAUUUCCAAUACCUAAUGCAUCUCAACACCCUUGCAGGACGUGGAUACAGUGAUCUCACACAGUAUCCGGUAUUUCCGUGGAUUCUAGCAGAUUAUGAUGGCGAGAGUCUUGAUUUGUCGGAUCCAAAUAAUUUUCGCAAGCUUGACAAACCAAUGGGUUGCCAGACGCCUGAAGGAGAAGAAGAAUUUAGGAAACGAUAUGAGAGCUGGGAUGAUCCAGAGGUUCCACAAUUUCAUUACGGUUCUCACUAUUCAAGUGCUGGCAUUGUUUUGUUUUACCUUAUUCGCCUUCCACCGUUCAGUGCUGAAAAUCAGAAGCUGCAGGGUGGUCAAUUUGAUCAUGCUGAUCGACUUUUCAAUAGUAUUAGAGAGACUUGGCUUAGUGCAGCUGGAAAAGGAAAUACAUCAGAUGUGAAAGAACUAAUUCCUGAAUUUUUCUACAUGCCUGAAUUCUUAGAAAACAGAUUUAACCUUGAUUUGGGUGAAAAGCAGUCAGGGGAUAAGGUUGGUGAUGUAAUUUUACCUCCUUGGGCUAGAGGGAGUGUUCGUGAAUUCAUCCGCAAGCACAGAGAAGCUUUGGAGUCUGAUUAUGUUUCAGAGAAUCUGCAUCAUUGGAUAGAUCUCAUCUUUGGGCACAAGCAGAGAGGAAAGGCUGCAGAAAAUGCUGUUAAUGUUUUCUACCAUUACACGUAUGAGGGGAAUGUGGAUGUAGAUGCUGUUACGGAUCCUGCCAUGAAAGCAUCCAUACUAGCACAGAUCAAUCAUUUUGGACAAACGCCGAAGCAACUAUUCCAGAAACCUCAUGUUAAAAGAAGGACAGACAGAAAAGUCCCUCCGCACCCUCUGAAACACUCGAUGCAUCUUGUUCCUCGCAAUAUACGUAAAUGCUCAUCAUCUAUAAACCAAAUCAUCACUUUCAAUGAUAAGUUGCUUCUUACCGGCGCUAACUGUCUCCUGAAACCCAGAGGCUAUAAGAAAUACAUAAGAUGGGGUUUCCCAGACAGGACCUUGAGAUUUAUGAGCUAUGAUCAGGACAAGCUCUUAUCCACCCAUGAAAAUCUCCAUGAAGGCAACCAGAUCCAGUGCGCUGGUGUUAGUCAUGACGGGCGCAUUGUGGUCACUGGAGCAGAAGAUGGUCUAGUCUCUGUGUGGAGAGUCAGCAAGGAUGGCCCCCGUGGUUCACGACGUUUACGGUUAGAGAAAUCCCUGUGUGCACACACAGCCAAGGUCAUUUGUCUACGUGUAAGUCAACCUUACAUGAUGAUUGCAAGCAGUUCAGAUGACUGUACAGUUAUCAUAUGGGAUCUCAGUUCUUUAAGUUUUGUGAGGCAGCUUCCGAAUUUUUCGGUUCCCGUUACAGUAGUCUACAUAAACGACCUUACAGGAGAAAUCGUAACUGCUGCUGGAAGUGUACUUGCUGUUUGGAGCAUCAAUGGCGAUUGCCUUUCUGUGGUUAACACAUCACAGUUGCCAACUGAUUUGAUAGUAUCAGUAGCAGGUUCAACGUUUUCUGACUGGCUGGAAACAACCUGGUACGUGACUGGUCAUCAAAGUGGGGCACUUAAAGUGUGGCGGAUGGUACAUUGUACUGAUCCGGUAAGUGUCCCGAGCAAAACACCUAGCAACAGAACAGGAGGUCUAAAUUUGGGGAAUCAGAAGCCAGAAUACAAAUUGCUUUUACACAAGGAGUUGAAGUUCCAUAAGCAACCGGUCACAUCUCUGCAUCUCACGACCGACCUAAAGCAAUUACUGAGCGGCGAUUCAGCUGGACAUUUGCUUUCAUGGACAGUACCAGAUGAGAUAUUAAAAGCUUCACUCAAAAAAGCUUCAUAGUUUAGAAUCAAAAGCAUCAUCUAAAACUAGGACUAGUAUCUAGAGCAAUCACUGAUGGUCAGGAGACUUGAGGACAAAUCACUGAAGCACCUAGGAGGUAGAUCAAAGUCAAAAUAUUAAAUGUUGUUACCGAAUGCAGAAACAACAAAGCGAGACAGAAUCCCGUCGAUUUGACAAUAACUAAAAGGUUUGUCUAUAGAAUGUGUAAAUAGAGUUAACAGGGAAUUGUGUGUAUAAUAGAUUAUUCUGCAAAUAAUAACCUGAGCAAAUUUAAUAUUAGAGCCCCAUAUAUAUUUUUCUCAGAUGAAAUUAUGUUAUUAGUAGCUUAGGGAGUUUUAAUUUGCUUCAACAUCAAUG